GUCGCAAACAUUACCCACGAAUCUCUAGCCGGCCGGACGGCAUGGCCGGCGCGAUAAGCGGCCUCAAGCCGCGCCAUUGGAGCUGGUCGGCUAGGUACCUCGCUGCCUUACCAAGACACGCCAUUGACCAGGUAUCGCCGGGCCAGCCGGCCGGCCGCAGCGUCCCGUCGGGUGGAGCUUUAGCACCUCUAGCAGCAGGCCGCCCUCCCAUGCAUGCUGUCUGGAGAAACCUAAAAUCCACCCGCAGACCUUGGCCCAAAUUGCCUCGACGCUUCUCCUGAUCAUCAUCGCCUCGGGUCUUUUUCCUUCGUCCAUUUUCCUCAACCGUCGAAAACGCUCACUCUCGCGUCCCGCCGCUCCUUCGCAGAAUCCUUCCAUCGUCACAGCUUUCGUCGGCGCGAGCUCCGCUUCCCUCACGUUCGCGCUCGCAUCGCCGCGCAAGCUCCGCCAGCAGCUUUCCUUGGCUUCGCUUCCGCGCGCGCACGCGCUCGUGCAUCAUCGUCGUGGGACGACAAAUCCCCCCUUGGCUCGGUUACGCUCCUCCCGCCGUUGCAUCGCCCGCCACGACCCGCGCGCGGGCACCCCCUCCUGCGGCGCAUCGACAGCGAAAGCGAACAAUAUACUACACAAAUUUGACGAGAGACUGGAUAGAUAGGGUUUCGCAGCGACCAUGCCAGCCCGGCAGACUCGAAGCAGCAAGGCGGCCGCCAAGGCCCGCGAAACGCCUUCAUCAUCGUCAGACGAGGGGACGCGCCAGUCGCCGCCCAUGAAUGGCAGCGCCGCCGUCGCCCACAACGCGUCGGAUAAGUCGGACGCCGAGCCCAAGGAGAACAUCUUCCUCUUCUGGCCCAAUGUCAUCGGCUACUGGCGAAUCGUCCUCGCCAUCGCCUCCCUCUACUACAUGCCGCUGCACCCGCGGACGUGCUCUCUGCUGUACAGCAUCUCGUGCCUGCUGGACGCGCUCGACGGCUAUGCGGCCCGCAUCUUCGAACAGUCGACCCGCUUCGGCGCCGUGCUCGACAUGGUCACCGACCGCUGCACCACCUCUUGCCUCCUCGUCUUCCUGUCCUCGGCCUUCCCGCGGUGGGCCAUCAUUUUUCAGAGCCUCAUCGCCCUCGACUUCUCCAGCCACUACAUGCACAUGUACGCCACCCUCGUUGUGGGCGGCGCCGACUCGAGCCACAAGAACAUCGACAAGAGCCAGAGUCGACUGCUGAACCUGUACUACUCGAACAAGAACGUCUUAUUCGUCUUCUGCGCCCUCAAUGAGCUCUUCUUCAUCGCCCUCUACCUACUGUCCUUCUCGUCGCCCCUCCUGUCGCCACACCUCAUUAAGAGCGUCGAGGAAUCGAGCGGCGGCCUCAUUCAGCCCGGUGUGCCGGUCAACGCGUCGCUCUUGAGGCAGCUGUUCCCCGAUCCUUUCAGCGCGGCCGCUCUCGAGAUUGCCCGGGCCAACAAGAUGGACUCGAACAUCCCUUGGGCUCUCGCCGGACUCAGCUUCCCCGUCAUGGCCAUGAAGCAGUUUAUCAACGUCGUGCAGCUCGUCAAGGCGAGCAGGUCACUCGCGGAAGUGGACAUCAAGUCGCGUAAGGCGAAGGGCCUCCCCAGGAAGGUCAAGGCUGGGUAAACACGAUACGACUGCGGGGGACAGGGCACGACGCCCCGAGCGGUUCCCCGCUUCCGCGACAGCGUGCGUUGGAUCCUUCCUUGGGGAUGUGCGCCAGCUGUGUGUCGUGCAGUACUUUCUGCGAUCAAGGCGGACGACGUGCCGCGAUGGAAGACGUGCCAGGCGGCCGACGGCCAUCUAUUUUACCAAACUUAGCGGGUGCCUCCUCCCCUCCGCGACGACCCCGGACUUUUUUCUUCCGGAGAGGGCACCCGACACUUUUAAUGAAGGGGUCCGCCACCCCCGAGUGAGUGGUGGCAGGACGUGAUGUGCGUGCAUGGUUCGGCGCAAAAAGGUGGCUUACCCCCCUCGAGGGAACCCGGGGGGUGGGGGGAUGUCCAGGCGGGAGGCGUGGACGAUGAC